GUUCUAGAAUAACAUCAAAGAAAUGUACAACACUUUCUGUGUAGUUAGUCCAAAGUUUGCUGCUGAUUUGGAGCAGAAAUGGGCUUCUCUUAGCAGUUCAAUUGACAAGAAUGCCCGAGCGUUGGAAGAGCUUAGGGAUAUUCUUUCACCCCUUGUCCAUAAAUGUAGCGAAAAUGUAAGGAAGGUAAGCCUUCCAGGUAUACGGGAUACAGUAAUACAUUUGAAACCCACAGAGUUGCAGAAGGAGUUACUUAAAAGAGUUCCAGAGAAUUCGGGAUCCUUUUAUGAACAAAAUCUGAUGUCUCUGAUCUCUGUUCAUCCUUCAUUAGUGGCAAAUAGGAAGGAGUUCUCUGACUUAGAAAGUCAGCUCAAGGAAAGAAGAUGUCGGUUGGAUCCUGAUAUUGGGGUAAAAAUGAAAUUUGUUAUUGAACUGAUCAGACUAUGUGGUGGGUGGAAGGAGAGGGUCAUAAUAUUUAGCCAGUUACUUGAUCCUCUAAACCUGAUCAAGGAGACGCUCAAUUCUCUCUUUAGCUGGACUUUAGGCUGA